AUGCGCAUUCCGCGUGUCACGUUACGAAACAAACGGGGUCACCACGCCCGUGUAAGGCCUGGUGCUGGCAGUUAGGUUCAAUUUUCGAAACAAAAUUAAAGAUCUUUGAGAUGUCAUUACCUAUGGAAACUGGGAAAAAGAAACUUGGCCGACCAUUUGGGGCUAAAACGGGCUGCGUUGCUCAAAGAUUGAGCAUGGGAUUGGGACGAGGGCGUGGUCGAGGAAGCCUGAAUAAGCUGAUAAGGUCUUCAAUUUUGCAUCAAAAACAUGCCGAUUUGAGGAUGAAAAUGUUGAACAGGGGAAAGGAGUUCCCUGAAGAGGAGGAAGAACCUAGUGGUGGGCAAGGCAACUGCGAAGAGCGGGAUGAUGAAGAGGGGCGGGUCAAAGUGUUUGUGCCUGAAAACAGGACUAUCCGCUUGACAGACAUCAACCCUUUUAUUACGUGUCAACUGUGCUGUGGGUACCUGAUAAACGCCGUCACCAUAGUCGAAUGUCUUCAUACUUUUUGUCAUAGUUGUUUAGUCAAACACUUCUAUGUCCACCUGAAGUGUCCUGCCUGUGAUAUUCUUGUCCAUCCAACAAAUCCUAUGGCCAAUGUCAAAUAUGAUCAACUGAAACAAGAAAUAGUCUCAAAGCUACUUCCUAGUUUACUAACUGAGGAAGAGGAGAGAGAGAGGAAAUUCUACAUUUCAAAGGGACUUCCUGUGCCACAAAAAGAAGAUUUGUCAAAGAAAACAAACGAGCCUACCUCUGAAGAGAAGAAGAAAGUCCGGCCUAAAGAGCGUCAUCGACUUGUGUCACUGGUGCUCGAGUUUGAGGGAUGUGGCACCGGUGUUGACCGGUGUCGGCCAUUAUCGAAGAGGUUUAUCCGGGUGACGUCGAAUGCUACGGUACAAAAUGUGCAACACUUUAUCAGGAAGAAGCAUAACCUGAGUGACAAUUGCCAGAUCAAGGUGUGCUGUGAUAUGUAUGAGUUGAAUGAGGAGUUGUCAUUGGAGUACAUCAGGCAAACACUCUUUGAUGAUCAGGAGUGCAUUAUUCCCCUCCAAUAUCGAUUUGAAAAGCGGGUCAGCGAGGAUAAGUCAUUCUAUACAGGCAGGACAAGAAAUACAGAAGACGAAUUUCUCUGAGGAUACUAGACUUUCCCACCAAGUGACUUGCGUUCAACUUGGAUGCAAUUCUAGUUUGCCAUUCUUGUACAAUUAGAACCACAUGUAGAAACUUUGAACAUGAGACAAUGAGCCAAUAUCAAAGUGAUGUUACACAAAAUAGGAAAGUUCCUCAGGUCAUGAUUUGGGCAGUAUUCAAGAGGAGGCAGUUUUCAAUUUUUAAUUACAAUAUUAAUAUGAGAUUUCAUAAAGGGUUAGGGCUGCUAUUUGGAGCAGAAGCCCAUCGUUUACUUGAGGGACAUUCCUGAUAUAUUUCAUGCUUCAAGGUCAGUAUUUGUACAUUCCAUAUUCAAGACAAUUGUACACUGGAUGAUGUAGCCAGCAAGUGUAUGGUGCAUCUUGAUAUCUGUAGCUUGGUCAGUGUGAGGAAAUUGUAUAUGAAAUUGAAACGCCUGAGUGCCGUUUUUUUAUACGGGUUGACCAUUCUUUUGGAGCCUUUGAGCUGUUUAAUGAAGAAAUGUACAUACUGCUUAACUAAUGUUCGUUAAUAAAAUCAA